CAAUGGAACUGAACCAACUAUUACUAUUAUUAAUGCAACUGAAUCAUUUAGUAUAACACCCAAUAAAACUCAAACAACUAUAACCGUUAUCAAUGCAACUAAAUCUCUUGGUGUAACACCCAAUGGGACUCAAUUGCAACCAACUAUUAGCGUGACAAAUGCAUCUGAAUCACUUGGUAUAACACCCAAAAACACUCAAAUAACUAUUGCGAUUGUCAAUGCAACGGAAUCAUAUGGUGUUAUAUCUAAUACAACUCCAGCGACUAUAACAAUUAUCAAUGCAACUGAAUCACGUAGUAUAAAACCAAAAAUUACUCAACCAACCAUAACCAUUAUCAAUGCAACUGAAUCACUUGGUAUAACGCCGAAUAGAACUCAACCAGCUAUAAGUAUUACCAAUGCAACUGAAUCACUCAGUAUAACACCCACUGGAACUCAACCAACUAUAACGAUUAUCAAUGCAACUGAAUCAUUUGGUGUUAAACCGAAAAGUUCCCAAGCAACUGGAACAAUUUCCAAUGCAACUCAGCCACUUCGUAUAACACCCAAUGGAACUGAACCAACUAUUACCAUUAUCAACGCAACUAACUCACCUAGUAUAACACUCAAUAAAACUCAAAAAACUAUAACCGUUAUCCAUUCAACUGAAUCACGUGCCGUAACACCCAAGGGAACUCAAACAACCAUAACCAUAUUGAAUUCAACUGAAUCACUUGUUAUGACACCAAAUGGAACUCAACCAACUAUUACCAUUAUCAACACAACUGAAUCAUUUAGUAUAACACCCAAUAAAACUCAAACAACUAUAACCGUUAUCAAUGCAAAUGAAUCUUUUGGUGUAUUACCCAAAAACACUCAAAUAACUAUUGCGAUUGUCAAUGCAACGGAAUCAUAUGGUGUUAUAUCUAAUACAACUCCAGCGAGUAUAACAAUUAUCAAUGCAACUGAAUCACUUAGUAUAAAACUUAAUGGAACUCAACCAGCCAUAACCAUUAUCAAUGCAACUGAAUCACUUGGUAUAACGCCGAAUAGAACUCAACCAACUAUAAGUAUUACCAAUGCAACUGAAUCACUCAGUAUAACACCCAAUGGAACUCAACCAACUAUAACCUUUAUAUAUACAACUAAAUCACUUAGUGUAGCCGCAAAUAGAACUCAACCACCUAUAACCGUUAUCAAUGCAACUGAAUCACUUGGUGUUACACCCAACAGUUCACAACAUACUGUAACCAUAAUCAAUGCAACUGAAUCACUUGGUGUUAAACCCAAAAGUUUAGAACCCACUGGAACCAUUACCAAUGAAACUGAGUCACUUGGUAUAACACGCAAUGGAACUGAACAAACUAUUACCAUUAUCAACGCAACUGAAUCAUUUAGUAUAACACCCAGUAAAACUCAAACAACUAUAACCGUUAUCGAUGGAACUGAAUCACUUCGUGUAACUACCAAUGGAACUCAACCAACUUUAAGCGUGAUAAAUGCAACGGAAACAGUUCGUGUUACAGCCAACAGUUCAAAACCAGCUUUAACCAUUAUCAAUGCAACUGAAUCUCUUGGUAUAUCAACCAAUAAGACUCAUAUAACGAUUGCGAUUGUUAAUGCAACGGAAUCACAAGGUGUUAUAUCUAAUACAACUCCUGCGACUAUAACAAUUAUCAAUGCAACUGAAUCAUUUAGUACGAAACCUAAGAGGACUCAAUCAACCAUACACAUUAUCAAUGCAACUGAAUCACAUAGUAUAAAACCCAAAAUGACUCAAUCAACCAUACACAUUAUCAAUGCAACCGAAUCAAUUGGUAUAACGCCGAAUAGUACUCAACCAACUAUAAGUGUUACCAAUGCCACUGAAUCACUCAGUAUAACACCCGAUGGAACUCAAACAACUAUAGCGAUUAUCAAUGCAACUGAAUCACUUGGUGUUAAACCCAAAAGUUCGCAAGCAACUGGAAGAAUUACCAACGCAACUCAGCCACUUCGUAUAACACCCAAUGGAAAAAAAACAACUAUUACCAUUAUCAAUGCAACUGACUCACUUAGUAUAACACCCAAUAAAACUCAAACAACUAUAACCGUUAUCCAUUCAACUGAAUCACUUGGUAUAUCACCCAAUAAGACUCAUAUAACUAAUGGGAUUGUUAAUGCAACGGAAUCAUAUGGUGUUAUAUCUAAUAAAACUCCAGCGACUAUAACUAUUAUCAAUGCAACUGAAUCACUUAGUAUAAAAGCCAAUAGGACUCAACCAACCAUAACCAUUAUUAAUGCAACAGAAUCACUUGGUAUAACGCCGAAUAGAACUCAACCAACCAUAAGUAUUACCAAUGCUAUUGAAUCACUCAGUAUAACAACAAAUAAAACUCAAACAACUAUAAGCGUUAUCAAUGUAACUGAAUCACUUGAUGUAACACCAAACGGAACUCAACCAACUAUAACCAUAAUGAGUACAACUGAAUCACUUGUCAUCACACCCAAUGGAACUCAACCAAACAUUAACAUUAUCAAUGCAACUGAAUCACUUAGUAUAACACCCAAUAAAACUCAACCAACUAUAACCUUUAUCAAUACAAUUAAAUCACUUAGUGUAACAACAAAUGGAACUCAACCACCUAUAACCGUGAUAAAUGCAACCGAAUCACUUGGCGUCACACCCAACAGUUCACAACCAACUGUAACCAUUAUCAAUGCAACUGAAUCACUUGGUGUUAAACCCAAAAGUUCAGAACCAACUAUUACCAUUAUCAAUGCCACUGACUCACUUAGUAUAACACCCAAUAAAACUCAAAGAACUAUAACCGUUAUAAACGCAACAGCAUCACUAGCUGUAACACCCAACGGAACUCAGCAAACUAUAACCAUAUUGAAUGCAACUGAAUCACUUGUUAUGACACCAAAUGGAACUCAGCUAACUAUUACCGUUAUCAACGCAACUAAGUCAUUUAGUAUAACACCCAAUAAAACUCGAACAACUUUACGCGUUAUCAAUGUAACUGCCGUAUCACUUGAUGUAACACCAAACGGAACUCAACCAACUAUAACCAUAAUGAAUACAACUGAAUCACUUGUUAUGACACCAAAUGGAACUCAACCAACUAUUACCAUUAUCAACACAACUAAAUCAUUUAGUGUAACACCCAAUAAAACUCAAACAACUAUAACCGUUAUCAAUGCAACUGAAUCACUUGGUGUAGCACCUAAUGGAUCUCAACCAACUAUAAGCAUGAUAAAUGCAACUGAAUCACUUCGUGUUACAGCCAACAGUUCAAAACCUGCUUUAACGAUUAUCAAUGCAACUGAAUCACUUGGUAUAACACCCAAUAAGACUCAUAUAACUAUUGCGAUUGUUAAUGCAACGGAAUCAUAUGGUGUUAUAUCUAAUACAACUCCAGCAACUUUAACAAUUAUCAAUGCAACUGAAUCACUUGUUAUGACACCCAAUAAAAUGCAAGCAACCAUAGCCAUUACUAACGCAACUGAAUCACUCAGUAUAGCACCAAAUGAAACUCAAACAACUCUAACCGUUAUCAAUGUAAAUGAAUCACUUGGUGUAACACCCAAUGGAACUCAACUAACUAUAACCAUAUUGAAUGCAACUCAAUCACUUGUUAUGACAGCCAAUGGAACUCAACCAACUAUUAGCAUUAUCAACACAACUGAAUCAUUUAGUAUAACACCCAGUAAAACUCAAACAACUAUAACCGUUAUCAAUGCAACUGAAUCACUUGGUGUAACACCCAGUGGAACUCAACCAACUAUUACCCUUAUCAAUACAACUAAUAAAUCACUUAGUUUAACAGCAAAUGAAACUCAACCGACUUUAACCGUGAUAAAUGCAACUGAAUCACGUAAUGUUAAACCCAAAAGUUCACAACCAACUGGAACCGUUACCAAUGCAACUGAGUCACUUGGUAUAACACCCAAUAAGACUCAAAUAACUAUUACGAUUGUUAAUGCAACGGAAGCACAUGGCGUUAUAUCUAAUAUAACUCAAGCGACUAUAACUAUUAUCAAUGCAACUGAAUCACUUGGUAUAACACCGAAUAAAACUGAACCAACUAUAAGCAUUACCAAUGCAACUGAAUCGCUUAGUGUAACACCUAAUGGAUUUCGACCAACUAUAACCACUAUCAAUGCAACUGAAUCACUUGCUGUUACACCCAACAGUUCACGACCCACUGUACCCAUUACCACCGGAAAUGAAUCAGUUGGUAUAACACCCAAUAGGACUGAAAUAACUAUUGCUAUUUUUGAUGGAACUGAAUCACAUGGUAUUACAUCCUAUAGAACUCGACCGACUAUAAGCAUUGUCCAUGCAAGCGUUAUCAAUUCAAUUGCAUCAGUUAGUAUAACACCGAAUAAAACUCAACCAACGAUAACCAUAACGAAUGCAACUGAAUCAUUUGUUGGGACACCCAAUGGAACUCAGCCAACAAUAACCGUUAUGAAUGCAACUGAAUCACUUGGUAUAACACCUAAUAGGACUCAACUGACUGUUGCUAAUAUUAACGCAACUGAAUCCCUUGAUGUUACACACAGCAGUAAACAACCAACUGUAACCACUAUCAAUGCGACUGAAUCACUUGCUAUAACUCUUAGCAGUACUCAACCAACGACAACCAUUACCAAUACAACUGAAUCACUUAGUAUAACACCCAAUAAAACUCAAACAACUAUAAACAUUAUAAAUCCAACUGAAUCACUUGCUGUUACACCCAACAAUUCAGAACCAACUGUGACCAUUACCAGUUCAAAUCGAUCAGUUGGUAUAACACCCAAUAGGUCUGAAAUAACUAUUGCUAUUGUUAAUGCAACUGAAUCACAUGGUGUUACAUCCAAUAGAACUCAACCUGCUAUAACCAUUGUACAUGCAAGCGUUAUCAAUUCAAUUGCAUCAGUUAGUAUAACACCCAAUAAAACUCAACCAACUAUAACCAUAACGAAUGCAACUGAAUCAUUUGUUGGGACACCUAAUGGAACUCAGCCAACAAUAACCGUUAUGAAUGCAACUGAAUCACUUGGUAUAACACCUAAUAGGACUCAACUGACUGUUGCUAAUAUUAACGCAACUGAAUCCCUUGAUGUUACACACAGCAGUAAACAACCAACUGCAACCACUAUCAAUGCGACUGAAUCACUUGCUAUAACUCUUAGCAGUACUCAACCAACGACAACCAUUACCAAUGCAACUGAAUCACUUAGUAUAACACCCAAUGGAACUCAACCAACUAUAACCUUUAUCAAUGCCACUGAAUCCGUUGGUAUAACACCAAAUGGAACCCAACCAACUAUAACCAUUAUCAAUUCCACUAAAUCACCUGGUAUAACACCUAAUAAAACUCAAACAACUAUAACCAUUAUAAAUCCAACUGAAUCACUUGCUGUUACACCCAACAAUUCACAACCAACUGUAACCAUUACCAGUGCAAAUCGAUCAGUUGGUAUAACACCAAAUAGGUCUGAAAUAACUAUUGCUAUUGUUAAUGCAACUGAAUCACAUGGUGUUACAUCCAAUAGAACUCAACCUGCUAUAACCAUUGUACAUGCAAGCGUUAUCAAUUCAAUUGCAUCAGUUAGUAUAACACCCAAUAAAACUCAGCUAACUAUAACCAUAACGAAUGCAACUGAAUCAUUUGUUGGGACACCCAAUGGAACUCAGCCAACAAUAACCGUUAUGAAUGCAACUGAAUCACUUGGUAUAACACCUAAUAGGACUCAACCGACUGUCGCUAAUAUUAACGCAACUGAAUCACUUGAUGUUACAGCUUACAGUUCACAUCCAACUAUAACCAUUAUCAAUGCAACUGAAUCACCCGGUAUAAACUUAGUAGUACUCACCAACAACCGUGGUAUUCACUCAGAUAUUUCUUUUAGUUCAAAAAUAACUAUGUCCAUUAUUACCGCAACUGAAUCACUUGGUGUUACACAAAAUAGUCCACAGCCAGCCCUAACGAUUAUGAGUGCAGUGGGAUCCCUCAGUAUCACACCAAAUAGAACUCAACCAACUAUCACUACUGUCGAUUCAACUAAUUCUCUUAGAAUAACAGGAGGUAGAACUGAACCAUACAUCGCUACUAUUAAUGCAACUGAAUCACCUAAUACACAAUUAACUAUCACUAUUAUCAAUGUAACCGAGAAACCAAGCAUUUCAGCGAAAAGUAAAGAAUCGACUGUUGUUAUUUAUAACACUAUAAACCUAGAAUCAUCCAGUAAAAGACCUGACAAGACUCGACAAACUUUAUUCAUCAUUAACAUAACUGAAUCACUAACCGGCACUGAACCAACUGCUUCCAUUUUCAAUUCCGCAAAACAAAAAACAUCUGAAACAAAGCUCAUAUCAUCGCAAACAAAUGAUACAGCUACUGAAACACGCUCCACAAGUUUUAUUCCAGCCGGAUCGAUUUUUCCUAACAAAAAUAAUUCACAUAGCACAACGUCCGUUCUAAUCAGAAAAUUUUCUAUCACUCCGAUUACAAAUACUAUUAAAUCACGUUCCUUAACUACAUUUGUGUUGCAACCAAGUACUGGUAUUUUCAAUGGCAGUAAAUCUUCGAUCUUACCCAACAUUGGUGCACAAUCAAUGACCACUAUCCCAAAAACCACCGAACUGUUCCCGAGUGUUUUGCCCACGAAAAGAAGCGAGAAACCGUUAAUUCUCGAAGCUACAAUAAAGUUUACGAGUAGAAUCUUCCAUGAAGAUCUUCAUAACAAGCAAAGCUUGAAGUUCUUGCAAUUAAAGCUGGAGGUUGAGAUCAAAGUGUCAAAUGCUUACAACGAAACAAAAAAUUUUAUAUCUGUUAUCGUCAUUGCAUUUUUUCCUGGAAGCAUUGUUUGUGACAUGCGGUUGUACUUUGGGAACUCGACUAAAAAUGACGUUCCUGAUCUGGAGAAACCAUUGGCGGAUUAUGGAACAUCCAGCGGUGAAUUUGAAGUUUCUAGCUUCAAAGAAGCACCCGAAGAGAAUGGUACUGCGGAUGAUGACGACGUAAUACUGGGAUUAGAUUGGUGGCAGAUCGGAGUCUUUGCUGCGGGAGUAGUUGCACUUAUAUUUUUCAUGGCUGUUAUUUUCCUUUGUUGCAAGAUUUCACGAAUGGGAAAGAAUAGAAAAGCGGAACUUUUAUCAUACAACGCCCGCUUUUCGAGGAAUAACAUUAAUGAACACGAAGAAAUCGGACUACGAGCAAAAACAUUGAAUGACCAGAAUGCUGGAACAAGUACAACGACUGAAAAUAUUGAUCUAGAGUCUGGUGGACGAGACGUAAACAUUUCAUCCAAGGAAACACGUCAUGAUGGUUUGGUGAAAUAUUUUAGAAGAUGGCGUACAUUUACAUUUCGAUGAGGUUGUUGAAAAUUCUUAAAUCACAAAAAUAUACUUUGGCCCAAGUGCAGAUGAAUUCAGCACAUCAUCCCUUCACGUCUUUAACAUAUCGGCAAGACAAAAGAAUGCUGGUAUAUGCAAUCAAUUUAGAUGUCAUAGACAUCCAAUAUAAUAUAACAAUAUUUCAGAAACAUUGAUUAGAUCUUUUGAAGGUCAUGAAGUUCUUGAUAAAGUUGGAUCAAUACGAUAUAACUGAAAAAACUGCAGGUUUGGAAAAUAUCUCUUUUUGGGGGUGCAUGCUUUAACUUACUUUAGUAUAGGUAUUUAUCAAUUAUGUAGGCAGUCAAAUUCUCGCUAAUGUAUGUUAAUGAACGACAUAAACGUAUUCGCAAACGUAUUCAACUUACUGAACAGUUAAAGAUGAUAAUAAAGUCUAUUCUGUGUAUAUUUUCUGCUCAUAACAAAACUAAGCAACAUUCGAAAAGUGACACGGGGCACCUCCACUAUUGUUUAUUUAAUCAAGCAAGACAAAUCUUCUUUUAUACUCCAACUGCCAUGUCAUGACGCCUGGAAUGUUGCUUAUUUUGUUAUAUAAUCAGAAGACAUGCGCAGAACGGAAAAAAUGAAAAUGUACCAUGGUACAGUAUGAACCACGAUACAAGUUUGGGAAGAAUUUUCGCAGCUUGCAUUCAGUGUAGAAGCGAUUUUCAUGGAUAAUUUGAGGAGAUUUUCAAGGAAUUUUGGAAUAUUUGCACAAAAAACGUUGCAAUUUUGGCAUUUUUCUUUCGCCGCGUAAUUUGAAAAUCCGAGCACUCAAAUACAGGUGGCCCACGACAUCGGUUUCAAAAAUCAAAAACUAGCUAUAUUAUCGGGCAGAAUAACAGAAAAAAGAAACAACAAAGGUAUGGCAGGCCAAAAUCAAGCCAUCUUUCAAAAUUGAUGGCUUCCUACUUUCAGAAAAUCGUUGCAACCUCGGAAGAGAAACAGGAAACCUCGAUGUGACCUCGAGAUUGAAAUCCGUUAAAGAACGAGCCUUUAAAAACCGUUUGAGAAAAGCCGUGCGAAUGAUCGUAAGAGUUUCUUGCGAACUAGUCCAAAGUUUUAUGAGGGAUUGGAUUGACAAGUGUUACGAGAACCACCUGGAAUCGUCUGUCAGGGUUGAAUCAUAUGACUACAGCUAAAGCUUCCUCUUUGCAUUAGGAAAAAUAACUAUAUGAAAAAAAGGUUAAACUUUGCACAAUUCAUUGAUAAGUCAAGAGCUAAACUAUAGACUGUCAAAAUGGUAGAGCCAAUGGAUUAGGUGAACGUUUGCGAUAGAUCUCCCUACAAAUCACCUAUCAUGCAGGAUUGGGCCGAUAAUUCGCGUAUAUGAUUCAGCGAUAAUGGUGGAUCCUCGGUCCUUUUUAUGUACAUAAAGAAGAAAACUCUGACCUCCGCGGCGUAUUGAGAAUUUCUGAAGGAUAUACAGCAGUCAGCAGCAAUCAAAUGGAAGUGCCCUAAUCCUUUAACUGAAGAUUAAGGAAUCUUCCCCAUUGACAAUGUGUUGUCCUACAUUUUUGCCAACUCACAAAAUCCCUUGGAUUUUUGAAAAACGAAGCAUAUGGUGAAUAAAUUUUUACCCAUUUCAUCCAGAAGAGUUCAGAAUUUUGAAGUUUCUUUUAAUUUCUGUAA